UCCUCGUCGUUUUAAGGUGAAAAAGAAAGAAUCGUUUCCCAGUAGAGAACGCUAAGACGAAGAUAGGGCAUAGGCAACAGUGCGUUUAGGUUCCCGGAGCGAUCGACAAGUAUAUAGUAGGAUCCAUUCUGCUAGAAACUUCAACUUGAACCACCAUGAAGACAAAGGCAUCGGUGAAUCGACCACCGACACCAGAUGUAGUCGAAAGGGAACCCACUCUUCAAGAACUCAUCAACAUCAAGUUGAUUGAGACUGGAGAGAAGGAGCGCCUCAUGGAGCUCUUGAGGGAAAGACUUGUUGAUUGUGGUUGGAAGGAUGAAAUGAAAGCUCUUUGCAGAGAUGUUGUGAAGAAGAAAGGGAGGAAUAAUGUUACUGUUGAUGAACUUGUACAUGUAAUCACUCCAAAGGGACGCGCUUCUGUUCCUGAUUCCAUAAAGGCAGAGUUGUUGCAGAGGAUUCGCACAUUUCUUGUGUCUGCAGCUCUUUAAUAUUUUCGCAUGGCUUGAUCAGUGUUAAUCUCACCUAUAUUUUGGUAAAGAUUAUGGGUUGAACUGGUAAGAACUGCACACGUUUGUACUGGGUUUUGUCUGGGAGGGAUAUGAAUGUGCCUUGUAAAACGAUGUUCAAUAUAAAUUUAAGAAAUUAUUUUUUGUAUCCAAAAUUAUUAAUAUUAACAGCCUCAUUCCUUGCACUUAUGUUGGGCGGGCGCGUAGGAAAAAAACGCAGUGCAAGUGUGAUAUGAAACAUUAACAGAAUUUCUGAUGCAAGCAUAUGGAAAGUAAUAAUUCAUUUAUAAGAGUAGUCAUGUUUUUGUUUUCAAACCAAGCUAUCAGAUGGAAACAACUUU